AUGGCUUUCCGGCUACGGCUUAACAACGUCGACAGUUAUCAGGCCGUCCCAACUAGCCUGGACUACCCCGUUAUUCUUAGUAAACCCACCCCGCCAGGCCAGAAGGUGAAAGCGACUCUGCCUAUCCUGCGUGUCUUUGGUGCCACAGAGACGGGACAGAAGGUAUGCGCCCAUAUCCACGGCGCUUUUCCUUAUUUAUACGUCGAGUACGAGGGUAGUCUUGCUCAGGAUGAUGUCGGGGCCUACAUAUACCGUCUGCAUGCCUCGCUCGAUCAUGCUCUAUGCAAGAUCUACCGUCGUAAUCCACACGACCCCAAAAACGUGUUCGUCGCACGUAUAACCCUCUGCAAGGGCGUCCCAUUCUUCGGCUUCCAUGUCGGCUGGACCUACUAUCUUAAAAUAUAUCUAUUAAAUCCAUCUUUAACAACUCGAGUCUCGGACCUCCUCCGCUCCGGUGCAAUUCUCAAAAAACAAUUCCAACCGUAUGAAGCUCAUUUACAAUACAUCCCGCAAUGGAUGAUAGAUUACAAUCUCUACGGAUGUGGUUACAUCAAUUGCUCAAAAGUCUAUUUCCGUCAACCAAUCCCGACUGAAGAAGAAGCAGGGGAGGCACAUAUCUGGCAUACCUCUACAAUCAACAGAGCCGAUGUGUUAGACGAUCUCGAAUUCCCGAGGAUAUCACAUUGCUCGCUAGAAAUUGACAUCCGGGUCUCGGAUAUUCUUAACCGAUUGGACGUCGAACCGAGGGAUUUACACCAUGACUUUUUGGAGCUUAGAAAUCCGAUACCGGGCGAUAAGAAGCUCGUGCCGAGUAUGGCGGAACUGUGGCGGGAUGAGGCCCGCAGGAGGGGUUUAAAGGAUAUUACUGUCGAGUCCUUUGGGCAACAGUUCUCGGCGGCGACGAGGAAAGUGCAUGGUGGAUGGGUUCAUGAGGAGGAGUAUAGGGAGAGGGUUGAACAAAUCAUCGACGCUGAGAAUGCGAGAGCUACAGGGAGGGAUAUUCAAUGGCAGGGGUUUGUCCAAAACGAUCCAAGAGGGGAUGAAAUUAAGACUACUCUAGAGUCUGUCAAGGAUUUCUACGAGAGUGAAGUGAAGGGCGAUAGUGUCAAUAUAUCGAUCGAUGAAUGGCAAAGCGAGGGAAACGUCGAUGUCGACGUCGACGAAGAAGGAAUACUGCGGGCCACUCAGGCGGACCCUAUCAAUCCAGAUGAGCUUGGGGACAAAAAUGAAGAAGGGGAUACCGAAGAAGACGAGGACGAAGAAGCGGAUGACGGAUCUCCGGAUAAGAACGAUGAACUUAUGGACGAUGCAGCCCUAGAAAAACUCGAGGACUUCCAAAACUUGGAAGAAAUAUCCCAGACCAUCAUAUCAAUAGAAGACCUCGAGCAGUUCGGUGUUCUACGCCCUCCUUUGCUAUGGAUGUUUUCGCAGCACGACUUCGAAAUACCAGAGGAGAUGUUUAGUUCAGUCAGACCACCCUCAAAAAGCGAUUCCGAAGGCAUCCACGUCAACGGCGAACAAAGGCCCCUCAGGAUUCGAAAGUUAAGAAAUGGCAAAUAUGAUAUACGUACUGCAAAAUCUGUCGGGAAGUUCGUACUCCCCAAAACCGAAAUACCACAGUCCCCUAGGAAAUCCCAACAAUCCCAAGACUUCUCUCUCACACCCAGUAAGAAAGCGAUAGUCGAGGCGAUGUUCAGUCCCCGCAAAAACGGUGGUUCUAGUUCGCAACCUUCACAGCCACUUCUAAUAUCAUCCCAAAACUCUCAAUCCUUCGACGGCUCCUCUCAAAACUCACACCGCUCUCAUAACUCCAAAGCAUCAACCCUUAGAGGCCUCAAAUCCUCUUUUCCAGUUGUAAAAGAUGGGAACGAUGAAAACUUCCUUCGCCCCUCCCAAUCACAAUCCAAACUCCUUAGCUUCUCAAGAUCUUCGUUCAAUAAAAGCGCCACUGAAACUCAAAUUUCACAGACUACAUCACUAAUCGCAGAACUAACAGCUACCUUCCCAACCAAAGGUCAGUUAGUCUGCUAUAAUGCCGCCCCACCGUCGACCGCAGACCUCUUAGAGUCAAUGGACGAAUUUUCCCUCCCCCACGUAGUAUACCAAGACGCUUUCUACAGCAAUGAAAAAGACGUCCCGGACCGUCCCCGCGAAUAUGCAGGCAAGGAAUUCAGACUCCAAUCUAACACUGUCAACUACCUUCCACCGUUCAACCCAGACGGCCUCGAUAUCCCCUCUUCCAGCAACAAACCCAAAAAGACCUUACCCAAAAGAACAUCCAUCAAAACCUGGGAAUUCGCCAAACCCCCUCCUUCUCUAGCAUCAAUAGAACAAUGGCUCGCUGAAGAAGAAGAAUUGAAAUACACAACCCUCAUAGAAAGCUCUCAGGUUCCUGUAGCCCCUCCAUCACAGGGUUACGCAUCCCAAAUAGACCCACCGACGCAACGGAACAAACAUGGCAUUAAGUUCUCUCAGAAGAAAAAAUCAGAGAUUAUCUCUCAUGAAGUCCAGCACAUGUCCGUAAUGAGUCUUGAAAUCCACAUCAACACCCGUGGAACCCUUCUCCCAGACCCAGUAGAAGACGAAGUAGCAAUGAUAUUCUACUCCUUCCGAUCUACCGAUGCUGAACAAGCAAGCCAAGGGCUUCAAGAAGGACUACAUACCGGCAUCCUCCUACUCUCCGAAUCAGAAUUCGAAGCAGAUAAAAUUCGAAAAAUAUUCCCAAUAGAAGUAGACCGUGAGAGUUCCGAAUUAGACCUUCUACUGUCCUUAGUUAGGGUAGUGAGGGAACUCGAUCCGGAUAUUAUAACGGGCUACGAAGUCCAUAAUUCCUCGUGGGGAUACUUAAUCGAACGUGCCAAGCACAAAUACGACUUCAGCCUGCCUGACGAACUUUCACGCGUAAAAGUUCAGUCUCACGGCAGGUUCGGAAAAGAAGCUGACAAAUGGGGAUUCACGCAUACAUCUAGCAUACGAGUUACAGGCCGACACUUGAUCAAUAUCUGGAGGGUAAUGAGAGGUGAAUUGAACCUUUUACAAUACACCAUGGAAAACGUAGUAUUCCACCUCCUAGCCCGUCGAAUGCCGCAUUACUCUUAUAGAGACCUAACACGGUGGUACUCCGGCGAGAAAGUCAACGCCUGGACCCGGGUACUCAAGUACUUCCUCACUCGUGUGAAAACCGAUCUAGAACUCCUUGACGCCCAAGAACUAGUACUGCGAACAUCCGAACAAGCUCGUCUUCUCGGUGUCGACUUCUUCAGCGUUUUCAGCAGAGGUUCACAAUUUAAAGUUGAAUCUCUGAUGUUUCGAAUCGCAAAGCCGGAGAAUUACGUACUCAUAUCUCCGAGUAGGAAACAAGUUGGCAGCCAAAACGCAUUGGAAUGUAUACCGCUCGUUAUGGAACCACAAAGUAAUUUUUAUACUUCACCGGUUCUGGUACUCGAUUUCCAAAGUCUUUACCCCUCAGUCAUGAUCGCGUUUAACUAUUGCUAUUCCACCUGUCUGGGUAGAAUAGUCCAAUGGAAAGGCGGCGUCAACAAACUCGGUUUCACAGACUACAAACGCGAAAAUGGUCUUCUAGAACUCCUACGUUCCCAGAUCAACAUCGCUCCGAACGGAAUGAUGUACGUCAAACCCGAAGUUCGAAAAUCCCUCCUCGCAAAGAUGUUAGGAGAAAUCCUCGAAACCCGAGUUAUGGUCAAAGAAGGCAUGAAAAACGAUAAACAAGAUAAAAUGCUUCAGUCGUUACUUAAUAACCGACAACUAGCGUUGAAACUAAUCGCAAAUGUUACGUACGGGUAUACAUCCGCUUCAUUCUCCGGCCGAAUGCCGUGCGCUGAGAUUGCGGAUAGUAUUGUACAAACGGGACGUGAGACUUUGGAAAAGGCGAUUGAGAUGAUUCAUGCUACGGAGAAAUGGGGUGCUGAAGUUGUGUACGGGGAUACGGAUAGUUUGUUCAUUUGUCUACCAGGGCGGACGAAAGAUGAGGCAUUCGAUAUUGGUGCUGAUAUUGCAAGAACGGUGACGGAUGCGAAUCCAAGACCGAUCAAAUUGAAGUUUGAAAAGGUGUACCUUCCUUGCGUGUUACUGGCUAAAAAGAGGUACGUUGGGUAUAAAUACGAAAGCAAAUCGCAAACUACGCCGGAGUUCGACGCCAAGGGGAUAGAAACCGUACGAAGGGAUGGUACACCCGCGGAACAAAAGAUCGAAGAAGCGGCGUUGAAGACGUUAUUCCGCACCAGCGAUUUAUCACAAGUCAAGCAGUUCUUUCAAAGACAGUGUACAAAAAUCAUGGCAGAGAAGGUUUCCAUCCAAGACUUCUGUUUUGCGAAGGAAGUUAAACUUGGGACGUAUAGCGAGAGAGGGAUGUUACCACCCGGAGCGCUCAUAUCCGCCAAGAAGAUGCUGGAAGAUCAUAGAGCCGAACCGCAGUAUGGGGAAAGAGUUCCUUAUGUGGUUAUAUCCGGGGCGCCAGGCGCAAGGUUAGCAGAUAGAUGCGUACCGCCUGAAGAGUUGUUAGAGAAUAGUCAGAACCGACUUGAUGCGGAGUAUUACAUUUCCAAGAAUUUGAUACCGCCGUUGGAAAGGAUAUUUAACUUGGUAGGGGCGAAUGUGAGAGGGUGGUAUGAUGAGAUGCCGAAGAUUCAACGGUUAAGAAGAAUUGUGGAACCAAAUUUGAUAGGAGGUGAAGAGCAGCAGCAGCAGAGGAGAAGACAUACGAUUGAGUCGUUUAUGAAAGGGUCUGCUUGUAUUGUUUGCUACGCGAAGGAUACAGAAAAAGGGAUAUGUGAGAGUUGUUUGGAGGAUAUCGACGGGUCGAUCUACACUCUAAAAAGUCGGAUUACAAAGAUGGAACGAAAAAGUGAAGGACUUAGAAGGAUAUGCAGGAGUUGUGCGGAUAUUAGUAAUAGCGAAGAAGUCGGGUGUGAUUCGAAGGAUUGUCCGGUAUUUUACAGCAGAGCGAGGAAUGAUACGAACUUGAGAGCAGAACGGGCAGCGGUUGAGCCGUUCAUUAAGCAUUUACAGGCGUUGGGAGGGUGGGAUUGGUAG